AUUCAGCUUGCUCAUGUUCCGGUUAGGGAAAUGCGCUGUUGCGUCUGUUAGGCACAGCUGGUUUAGUCAGACUUGACAACCCAGGUUUUUUUUAGCUGGCAUUUGUCGCUGGCAGAAGCGGAUCUUCGGCUUGUAGACUGCAGCAGAAAACGUAUCGGGGGCCGAUUUAUCUGACGGCUCUCGAUUGACCAUAGAACCCCGAUUCAGCGACCGCCCCCUUCCUCGAGUGCUGGAUGGGGGGCAAGCAGAGCACAGCGGGGCGGCCCCGGGGAGCUUUUCCUGGCGUGUCAACGGAUGAUAGCGCAGUGCCUCCCACGGCCCAUUUCGGGCACUACCGGUCGGGCGGCACUAUGGGUCUACGGAGCCGCUCUGUCAGCUCCGUUGCUGGGAUGGGCAUAGAUCACAGCGCUGCAGUGCCGUUUGGAUUUUACAAUGACCGAGGAACUGGGGACUCAGACAGAGCUGGCGGGGGUUCGGGGUCGAAUGCUGCUCAUGGAAACGGCUACCAAGAACCGGGCGGCGGUCACCCGACGGACGGCAUGCUUUAUCUAGGAUCUCGGGGGUCACUGGCUGAUACCUUGCCCCUGCACAUAGCGCCCCGGUGGUUCAGCGCUCAUAGCGGGUUUAAGUGUCCUCUCUGUUCCAAAUCCGUGGCGUCCAAUGAGAUGGAGGUUCACUUCAUCAUGUGUCUGAGCAAGCCCCGCCUCUCCUACAAUGACGACGUGCUGGCGAGGGACGCCGGUGAGUGCGUGAUCUGUCUGGAGGACCUGCAGCAGGGAGACACCAUCGCCAGACUGCCCUGCCUCUGCAUCUACCACAAAAGCUGUAUAGACUCCUGGUUUGAGAUCAAUCGAUCCUGUCCUGAACACCCCUCUGACUGAACCAUGGAUAGCUCUCUGCAGGGCACUUAAUGGACCUAUCUUGGACAUCCAGACACUGAAAUAACCAAAAAUUGUCCAACAAACCAAUUAACCGAUCAAUCAAUAAAAACAGAUACAGAGCAAAAUGAACCAAAUGAAUUAGCAUCAAAACACACUGACACCUCAGCAGGAUCCAGGGCAACCCCUCCCAACCUGUUCCAGACUGCUUUCUGCUGAUUCCCCAUCCCCGCCCUCCUGCUCUCUCCAGAACCUAGACUUUACCCCCCAUGGUCCACCCCCUCCCUGCACCGAGAGCCAUCAUACAGAGGAAGAGGAUGAAGAGGUGGGACUGCAGGAGCCUUCGCGGUUGGCUGAGAGUUGGCAGCAGGUUCCAUUUCCUGUCUGAAGCUGCGACUUCCUGAUCAUGGAAGCACGUCACAUAAGAUGGAGUUACUUGUAUAUAGAUUGGGGGUAGGGGUUGAAGUGGUGGUCCAUGCUUGUGCGUGCGUGUGUGUGUGUGUGUCUGUGUGUGUGUGUGUGUGCGUGUCUAAAUGGGCCUGUGCUGGGAGGGACGGGGAGAUCUCUCAUUUUCUCUGACUACGUGAAUAUUAAACGCAUGCAAUGCUGUGAAGCAAUUAGAGGUCAAAGGUCAGAAGUCAGUCUGGGGGCACUGCUGUCUGGUGGUCUGUUUUUGAAAUGUUUACAGAUAUGUUUUGUCCUUUCCCUGUAUGUGUGUGUAUGUAUGUAUGUAUGUAUGUGUGCGUACGUUUGUGUAUUUUUGAGUAUUUCUUUUUUUUUGCGCUGAUGUUUACAAUUCAUUGAAAUUAAAAGCAAAUUGACAAGCACUAUUUUCUCUCUCGCCUUCCAUGUCCUUCUGGGUAAUUCUGUAAUUAAAUGUGAGAUACGACUCUACUCUCUGUGCUUAUAACAUGUGUAUGUAUGAAUCUGAGGGAGCUUGAGAGCUGUCUGUAUGUGUAGGUGUUGUUCAGGAUGGCAUAAUUGUUCAUUUGAAGUGAGUGUCAGGGCCUUCAGGGUGAAAUAGCCCACAGUCAGCAUUCAUUGCAAAUGAAGGCACUUGACUCAUCAAAGUGGGAAAUGGUCUGAAAAUGAUCAAUUCAAUAAAUUAUCCAGAACCACCUGCUCUCUCGCAUAGCCUACCUACAGCUAGGGAGACCCUGUCUUCACUUUUUACUUUAACGUCAUUUUAAUAUCUGCUGUAUUUUUAUUUUUUUCUCAAAAGUGAAUAGACACCUAUGGGUGAGACAAGCCAUGAUAUAUUAUGUGCAAUCUGUGGGUGGAACAUUAACAAUAUUGCAUUAGAAUAAACAAAUUGAAACAUUG